AUGAAUUCCCAACCACAGAAAAAUGAACCGGACCCAGAUGCUAUAAAAAUGUUUAUUGGACAGAUUCCACGUGGUAUGGAUGAAAAUGACUUGAGAAAAAUGUGUGAAGAAUUUGGACCAGUAUUUCAGUUAAAUGUAUUAAGAGAUAAAGUCACGGGGCAAAGUAAAGGUUGUUGUUUUGUUACAUAUUAUAGUAGAAAAUCUGCCCUGGAUGCUCAGAAUGCUCUUCACAAUAUCAAAACAAUGCCAGGUAUGCAUCAUCCAAUUCAAAUGAAGCCAGCAGACAGUGAAAAACGCAAUGGUAUUUCCAAUUCUACAGUGGAAGAUCGGAAACUAUUUGUUGGUAUGUUGGCUAAGAAAUUAAAUGAAAAUGAUGUACGCAUGAUGUUUGCUCCGUUUGGUUCUAUAGAAGAUUGUACGGUAUUAAGAGAUCAGAAUGGUCAGAGUAGAGGUUGUGCAUUUAUAACAUACGCCAACAGACAGAGUGCCCAGAAUUGUAUCAAAAAUAUGCAUCAUUCACAAACAAUGGAGGGUUGUUCAUCACCAUUGGUUGUGAAGUUUGCAGACACACAGAAAGAAAAAGAAGCAAAGAAAUUACAGCAGAUGACAUCAAAUUUAUGGAACAUGUCUUUAGGUGGUUUGGGAGCUUUAGGUCCACAAUAUUUAGCAGUAAGUGAGGUUGAUUUCUAUAUUUCAAAUCUGCUGGUGAAUAGUUUUGAAAUGAGCAAUGGCAUUAUAGGCCAAAAUAAUGUCCAUUUACAAAAUUUACAAGGAAUCGCUGCAUUGGCUAGUCUAGCUCAAAAUCCAGGUUUGUCUUAUAGUACCUACUUAAAAAUAAAAAAUGCCCUCCUGGACAGUGAACAAGGAAUAUCAACAAAUCCAAUUGUAGGCUCCAUAUCUGGUACAACGACAUCAAGUGGUUUAGGUGGUUUAUCAGGUUUCCAGGGAUUAGGAGGCAAUAAUUUAUCAAGUAUAUCCAGUUUUAAUCAAGUACCAAGUCUAGCUAAUGGUUUAGGUAACUCAAAUACUGGUGGAAUGGAUGCUUUAAGUCAAGCAUAUAGUGGAAUACAGCAAUAUGCAGGUUUGUCAGGUUUAAUCAAUCAAGCACAAUUACAGCAAGCUACAGUAUCCAAUAGCUCACCUAUAGGUAAACAGUCUGAGGGACCUGAUGGUGCAAAUCUUUUUAUUUAUCAUCUUCCUCAAGAAUUUACAGAUCCUGAUCUAUCUCAGAUGUUCUUGCCUUUUGGAAAUGUGGUUUCAGCAAAAGUUUUCAUAGAUAAACAAACAAAUUUGAGUAAAUGUUUUGGUUUUGUGAGUUAUGACAGUCCUAGCUCAGCUCAGUCAGCAAUACAGGCAAUGAAUGGAUUUCAAAUAGGCAUGAAGAGACUCAAAGUUCAGUUGAAACGUCCAAAACAUGACAACAAGCCAUAUUAG